AUGACGCUGGCGAUGGUGUUUGCGGCGGUUUACUUGCUGCGCUCGUUGCCUGCGGAAAGGGCUGGAGGGUUUAACCCCCUCUCACCGUGCUACGCCCUCCUCGGGUUUUUCAGGGGCGAGGCGUGUUUGAAUCAGCAUCACACCUACGCCAACGAUCUGGCCGCUUGUUGGGAGGCUGGUCUCGCAGCCUUCAAGAGGUGGAGAGGACGGGGGAGCGAGGCGCCGACACCCGCGACAAGCUUGACCGGCGCCCAACAGCAGCAGCAGCAACGGAGACGGAGGCAGCAGCAAGAGAUGCUCUUCGACCUGGCCAGGGCGAGGCGUAGGAGCAGCGGGGCGUCAGCAGCGACCGCCGCUGCUGCCGGCGUUCUCAGCCCGGGAAGGGUCGUGCCGCUGGAGCUCGCUCCCUCCAGCAGCAGCGAGGAGAAGAUGGCCUGGUGGAAGGAACCGGGAGAAGAGGGCGACGUCCCGGCCCCGCUUGUCGCGAGGCCCGCUGGGGGCAAGGAGUGCUCGCCGAGCCGGCGGCUCCCAUCGCCGGCUGCUGUUGCUGCUGCUGCUUCCGGCGCCGCCUCCGCCGCCGCCGUGCCUCCCUCUUCCUCUUCGAGCUCAAGCGACCGCGGCGUGCCGAGGCCGGAGUCUUUCCCCGGUGGCGCGCUAUCCGAUGACAGGGAAACAGGUGGAAGCGGUCGGGAUAGCGAACGUUUCGGUGGCAUGGAAGGUACCGCCUCCGGCGUUGCCUCCGGCACUGCCCCCACCGCCGCCGAUGCGAAUAAUGGCAAUAGUUGGAGUUUGCUCCGGCGUAACAGGCCACGCGAAGGGUCAGGAGCCGCUCCCCCUUUCGGGACGGGCAUGGGCCAGGGACGAGCGACGUCGAUGCCUUCCUCGACCGAUGCCCGAGGAGGAACAAGACCCGAGCACGGACGCCUGUCCCACGGAAGCGCGUCGAUCGAAAGCAGCAGCAGCAGCAGCAGCAGCAGCAGCACGUCGAUCGGAGAAGACCGCCAAGGCCGGCCGGGGUCAGUCGGACCCCGAAACGGCAGAGAUGACGCCGCGUCACCAGCAACAGGUGCGGGCUCGGAAGGGAGGGUCAGCGGAGCUGGUGGUGGUGCGUCCGGGCGGGCGAGGACGGCAAGAGAUGUGCUGCGAUUGCUAUCGGAGGCGAUGGUGGCGGAGCGGUCGUUGUGGUGGCUGGAGACCUGGGCGUUACCGUUGGCGGUGGUUGCGUUUCUGGUCCGACAGGCGUUUCUCCUCUCGUUCCGUUUCGGCCCGGAAGCGGGGGCGUUUGCCGCGGCGGUGGUGUCGGCGGCGAGGGUGCGGCAUCUUGCGGAAAUGAGAAGGCCGGCAUACCCGUUGCCGGGUGUUGCUCUGGGAUCCUUGCUGACCUGCCUCGGGGCGUUCGGUGGCAACGUUCUGGCCUGCCUGGUCACCGGAACGCGUAGCAUGGUGCUCACGGAGUUUGUUGUCUGGCCGGCGGCGGUUGCGGCGUGGAUGCUUGUCGGAGGGAGGCCAGGCCGAGCGUUCUCGCUCCGCGACCUCCUGUCCCUACCUGUGGUCCAUCACUUGCUGGUUUUUCUCUCGGAAGCAUUUCGCGCGUCCCUCUUGUGUGGUGCCAUCGACGUCGCCCGGACUGUUGCCCCCCUGGUGGCUCCGGAGACCGCGCCCUGCCAUGCUCGAGCGAUGGUGUCGCUAUUCUUCGUGUCGGUGGCGCUAGUGCAGACCUCGCGGCGCGGAGGCGGGCCGCACUUCAACCCUUACUCCCUGUUGCACCGCGUCGCCUAUGCUGUCCUCGGUCUGGACAAGCCGCCGCCGGCGGGACUUCCUAGAGAGUUCGAUGCGCGGGAUAUCGGAGGUGGACGUCGUGUUGUGGAGCAAGCGGGCGGAACGGGAACGGCAGACGGAAGCUGGAAUGCCACCGCCGCCGCUGCUGGUGCCUGGUUUGCCGCUGGUUCAGGCAUGUCGGCGAGCCGCCGGAGUGACGACUCCCACCGACUAAGCAGUAAUGUCCCCAGUCGAAGAGGCCGAGAUAGGGGAAGCCGGGGUUCGUUGGCCCGUGGCCUCGGCUCCGGGAGACCAGCGCGGGGCCGAUCCGCGACGGUGACAACCGGGCGAGGGUGCUUCGCGCGAGGCGUGGUCGGGGUGUGGGGCCCCGGCAGGGUGGGCGCGCGGGGGGUGGGUAGGACGCUCGUGUGGACCGCGGCGGCGGUAGCGGUGGUCGUGAUGAGCAGGCUGCUUGCUCUCUCAACCCUUGCCAUGGAUCGGACUCAGUCGGCAUCGCACGACCACCGACAACAUGAGCACCAGGAGCAGCCGUGGAGGCAGCCGUCAACAGCGGGAAUGCCGUUCGAAGGCGGCGGCGGUGGCACUCCCGAAAAGUUCCCCGAUUCCGUGGUCGGAGGCGUUGAUGGUGCAGUCGGCGAUGCUCCUGCUGGUGCUGGUGCUGGUGCAGCUGAGGCGCGAAAGGGUGGCAUCCGGGGCUGGUAUGAACGGUUCCGGAGCGGAGCGAAGGGCAGCGGUGAUACCUCUGGACGCCCGCCGUCGCCGCCGGUGCGUGCCGAGGUGGAGGCGGGGGCCGAAGACCUUGCCGACAUGGAUCCCGCCCAGCUGAUCGAGCAGGUGAUGGCGGCGCGCAAGGCUGCCGUCGAGGCCGCGGACCGCGCCGACGCCGCGGAACUCGCGGCGGCGCAGCUCGCAAUCGCAUCCGAAGAGCGGACCGGUACUUCGCCGGGCGCCGCCGCCGCUGGCGGAAUUGGAGUAGGGAUCGACAGGAGCGGGGCUGGGCUUUCGCGGCGCUCCGAGGGCAGGGAAGAAGAAAACGAGCGGGAACGGGAAGGGCUGGGGGCAGAGUCAGUGGACAAUUCGGCGGCGGCGACGGCGACGGCGAAGCAGUCGAAGGCGCUUCUCGGCGCCGCGGUGGAAGACUACUCGUCGGUCGUGGGAGAGUUCUCGGAAGUUUCCAAGGCUUGGCUGGAAGAGAUGGCCGUCGCGAACCCAACAGAAGGCACGGGCGAUGACGUCAAGGUUAACCGGCAAGCAGGGGAAGACGUUCCUUUCCAAGAGGCGAAACAUCCGCACGCGCCUAUCCAAGCACUACACAGGCAGCCGCCCCACGAGCCCCCUCCGGAUCGCACACCACUAGACGGUGACAAUCUCGGAAAGGAAGCGACUCGAAUAUCGCCCUCGCCGUCGUCGACUGCCACCUACGAGCGUCCGCCCGGUCUCGCUGGUUCGUCGGCCCUCGAUGACACAAGCCCAGAUGGAACCGGCGAGGACGCUUCCGGAUCCGAGGCGGGGGCUCUUGAACCUGCUGUCCCCGCGGCGACGGCGGCGGCGGCGGGGACGGCUGUGUUGGUUUCCCCCGGCCCCUGGUUUCAGUGGCUCUUCGGCCGACCGGCUGAUGUUGACGAGGGCCCCGUGACAAAUCUCGCACCAGGGGGGGGUGACACCGCUCUUGUUCGUCCGGGUCUUCCAGAGGAUAUGGUCGAUGUGGGUGAUACUCUGAACGCCGCAGCGCUCGAGCAGGCGGUACCGACCCUGUUGAGUUUGCCGGAGAAUGUGUUGUCGGCCCCCGAGAGCCUGACGAGUGGCCGCGCCAAAGACGGUCCCAACGGAAAUAAUGCUCCUGGCGACGGUGGCGGUGGCGGUGGUGGUGGUGGUGGGACUAGCACGGGACGGUCGGAUGAAGAUGCCCCUGCCGAGAAUGUUGGUGGCGACGCUGUCUCGACUAGUGAGGCCGGCGAUGUGGGUGAUCCGGAUGCUGUCGCCGGUGACGGGGGCGCCGGUCUACACGUGAGCGACCCGGAUGGCUACGAAAACGAUGUAGGUGGCUCGGACGAUAGCACCAGCGUUGAGGCCGUGACCGCUCUUCUGGAGGAAGGAGGCAUGGCCGAUCUGCCAGGGCGAGGCAUGGUACCCCCAGAGGACAGCUCUCACAUGGAGGAAGGUUCGGGUGGGGGAUACGAGACUUCGAGUGGUGAAGGCAUUGGAGCCGAGGAUGUGUCGACGAUCACCGAUGAUGACGUUUUUGCUGAUGUUGGUAGUGAGGGCGACGUUGUCCUGGGCGAUGAUCCCGAGUUCGAAGCGGGCGGCGUCUUGAGUCUGGAGACUGGUUUUGCCGGGGGAGGCGACGAUGCUGCUAGUGUGUCUCCCGGUGUUGAGGCUAACGGCGAAAACGACAUGGCUAUGCCGACUGCCGGGGUCGGUGCUUUUGAGGAUGGGCGAGGUGGCGUCGAAGACUCCGGUUCAGUUGAUGAUGCUGUCACCGGUGCGGCUGAGGGCGGAGAUGACGAUUCGGCUUGGUCGAUCGGCGACGAUGAGGCGUGGGUUGUUCCGACAGCGGACGACGAUGCUGGUGAUCCAGCAGGGCAUUCGAGUCCGCACCGCUCUUGGCUUCCGUGGCGCCGUCACCGGCCGGCUGACGUCGACAAGGACCCCUUGACAAAUCUCGAACCAACGAGGGAUGGCGAUGAUCUUGCUGGUCCGGUUGUUCAAGAGGAUGUGGUCGUCAUGGGUGAUGAUGACGAUGCGUCGCUCGAGCAGACGGUAUCGAACCCGCCGAGUUUGCCGGAGAGUGGGUUGUUGGCCUCCGAGGGCUUCAAGAGUGGAGAUGGCGAAGACAACCCGGAUGGAACUAAUGCUCCCGAUAGUGGUGGUAGUGGUGAUGGUGAUUGCGGUGGUGGCAGGAUUAGCACGACAGGGUUGGAAGAAGAAGUCGCCGCUCAGCUCGGGGAAGGAGGUGCUAGCGACGUCGCCGAUCCGCCAGGGCGAGACGGGAUACUUCCAGAGGAAAUUUCUUACAUGAAGGAAGGUUCUGGUGAGGGAGACGAGACUCGGAAAGAUCAAGAGGUUGUGGUGAUGACCACCACCGAUGAAGACGAUGUUGCUGACGGCAGUGGGGGUGACUUUGUCCUUGGAGAUGACCCCGAGGGCGGGCCAGGCGGCGUCACUAGUAUGAAGGCAGGUUUGGCCGAGGGGGGCGACGGUGCUUCUGGUGUUUCUCCUCCUGUUGGGACCAACGACGACGGCCCUGCGACAUCUGGUAGCAAUGAUGAUACGGCUUUAUCGACUGCCGAGGUUGUCGAUUUGGCUGAUGAGCACGAUGCCACAAGUGAUUCCGGUUCCAACGACGAUACUAUCGCCGUCUUGGCCACCGGUGGCGAGGCUUCGGCUGUCCCUACCGGCGACGAUGAGGCAUCGGGUGUUCAGACAGCGGACAACGAUGCUGGUGCUGACGAGGUUGAGAAUCGCCCCCGCCGUUCUUGGCUUCCGUGGCGCCGUCACCAGCCGGCUGACGUCGACAAGGACCCCUUGGCAAACCUUGCACCGGCGGGGGAUGCGGCCGCUCUUGCUGGUCUGGAUCUUCCAGAGGACAUGGUUGACGUGGGGGACGAUGACGAUGCAUCGCUCGAGCAGCCGGUACAAUCUUUACCGGAGAGCGUGUUGUUGCCCCCCGAAAACAUAAUGAGUGGCCGUGGCGAAGACCGUCCUGACGGAACCGAUGGAGCCGAUGCUGCCGACGACGGUGGUGGUAGUGGCGGUGUCGAUGGCGACGCUGUCCCAACUGGUGAGGCCGGCGACGUCAAUGAUGAUACCGAUGGGGAAGGCGAGACUCAGAAGGAUGAAGGUGUUGGAGCCGCGGAUGUGACGAUGACCGCCGAUGAUGACGGCUUUGCUGAUGUUGGCAGUGGGGGCGACGUUAUCCCGGGCGAUGACCCCGAGGGCGGGGCAGGCAGCGUCACGAGCGUGGGGGCUGGCAUGACCGGGGGUGACGACUAUGCUUCAAGUGUGCCUCCCGCUGUUGAGACCAACGACGACGGUUCUUUGUCCGUUGGCGAUGAGUCGACUUCUGGGGUCGGCGCUUUGGUUGAUGGGCACGAUGCCACCGCUGAUGCCGGUUCGAAUGACGGCGCUGUUGGAGUCUCGGUUACCGACGGUGAGGCUUCGACUAUCUCUGCCGGCGACGAUGAGGCGUCGGCUGCUCUGGCAACGGACGGUGAUGCUGGUGCUGACGAGGGUGAGACUCGUCCCCGCCGGUCUUGGCUUCCGUGGCGCCGUCACCGGCCGGCUGACGUCGACGAGGACCCCUUGACAAGCCUUGCACUGGCGGGUGAUGCGACCGCUCUUGCUGGUCCGGAUCUUCCAGAGGGGGAGGUUGACGUGGGUGAUGAUGACGAUGCUGCGGAAUCGGCCCCAUUGAGGUCGCCGGAGAAGGUGGUCUCGGCCUCCGAGAGCAUCACGAGCGGCCGUGGCGAAGACAUCCCUGACGGAACCGGUGGAGCCGAUGCUCCCGACGACGGUGGUGAUAGUGGCGGUGUCGAUGGCGACGCUGUCCCAACUGGUGAGGCCGGCGAUAUCAGUGGUGGAGAUGCGCCUGACGCUAUCAUCCGUGACGUCGACACGGGCCUACGUGCGAGCGACGGAGGCGGCAGCGUUGGAAUCGGCAUGGAUGGCUUUGGCGAGGGCAGUAGCGUGGAGGCCGAGGCCAUUGAGGCCGCUGCCACUCGUCUCGGGGAAGCAGGUAUUAGCGAUCCGCCAGGGCAUGACGGUGCCCUCUGCGAGGAAAGUUCUCACAUGACGGAAGGUAUUGAUGGGGGAGACGAGGCUGAGGGCGAUGAAGGCGUCGAGGCCGGGGAUAUGGCGACCUCCGAUGAGGACGGUUUCGCUGAUGUUGGCAAUGAGGGCGACGUUGUCCUUGGCGAUGACCCAGAGGGCAGGGCCGGCAGCGUCACGAGCGUGGGGGAUGGUUUGGCUGGGGCUGGCGACGAUGCCUCUAUCGUGUCGCCCGCUGUUGAGACCAACGCCGACGGUCCUUCGGUUUCUGGCGGUGUGUCGGCUGCAGGGGUCGGCACUCUGGUUGAUGGGCGAGAUGACGCUGCCGAUUCCGGUUCAGCCGAUGCUGCUUUAGCUGUUGCGGCGGAGGGCGGCGAGGCUUUGGCUGUCGCUGCCGGCGACGAUGAGGCGUCGGGUGUUUCGUCAACGGAGGGCGGUGCUGGUGUUGAUGAGGGUGAGACGCGUCCCCGUCGGUCUUGGCUUCCGUGGCGCCGUCACCGGCCGGCUGAUGUCGACGAGGACCCCGUGACAAGCUUCGCGCCGGCGGGGGAUGACGCUGCUCUGGCUGGUCUGGAUCUUCCAGAUGAUGUGAUCGAUAUGGGCGAUGAUCUUACCGCCGCAGCGCUCGAGCAGGUGGUGUCGACUCCGUCUAGUUUGCCAGAGAGUGUUUUGCUGGCCUCCGAGAGCGCUAUGAACGGUGAAGAUGUCUCGGCUGGUGAGGCCGGCGACGUCAGCGAUGGACAUGAUCGGGAUGCUGGUGACCCUGUCACCGGCGACCUUGACCUAGGUCCACAUGCGAAUCUCGAGGGAGGGGGGCGUACAAACGAUGUGGCCGAUCCGCCAGGACAAGACGGUACCCUCUCCGACGAAAGCUCUCACAUGGAGGAAGGUUUGGCCGAUAAUGCUAUCAUAUCUGGUGCGGCUGGAGACGGCGAGGCUUCGGUUUUGUCCAUCAGCGACGAUGAGGUAUCGGAUGUUUCGUCAACGGACGGCGAUGCUGGAAUUGAUGAGGGUGAGACGCGUCCCCGCCGGUCUUGGCUUCCGUGGCACCGUUUCCGGCCGGCUGAUGUCGACGAGGACCCCGUGACAAACCUGACACCAGCCGGAGAUAACACUGCCCUGGCUGGUUCGCAUCUUCCGGAGGAUGUGGUGGACGUGGGUGAUGAUCUGACCGCCGCAGCGCACGAACAGGUAGUGUUGAGUUUAUCGGAGAGUGAGUUGUUGGCCUCCGAGAGCAUCACAGACGGCGGUGAAGACGUCUGCGAUGGUGAGGCCAGCGACGUCAACGAUGGAGAUGGUCCGGACGCUGUCACCGGUGACACUGGCCCAGGGUUCCCGGUAAUCGUCGAGGUGAAUCUGGAGGAAAGGCGUAUUGGCGAUAUGGCCGAUCUGCCAGGGCAAGACGCGGUACUCCCCGAGGAAAAUUUUCACAAAGGGGAAGGUUCUGCUGGGGGAGACGGGGCUUGGGGCGGCGAAGACGCCCAAGACGGGGAUUUGGCGACGAUCACCGAUGAGGAUUUUUUUGCCGAUGUCAGCAACGAGGGCGACGUUGUCCUGAGCGAUGACCCAGAGGGCGGGGCAGGCAGCGUCUCGAGUGUGGGGGUUGGUGUGACCGGGGGCGACGAGGAUGCUUCUAGUGCUUCUCCGGCUGUUGAUAUCGACGCCAAUGAUCCCGCGACCUCUGGCGGCGUGUCGACUGCCGAGGUUGACCCUUUACCUGGUGGAGACGAUGCCAUGGACGAUUCCGGUUUGGCAGAUGAUGCUGCUAUUGCCGUUGUGGCUGAAGACGGGGAGGCUUUGGCUUUGUCCGUUGGCAGCGAUGAGGCUUGGGGUGUUCCGACAACGGACGGUGAUGCUGGCGCCCCAGCGGCUCAGUCGAUUCCCCGCCGGUCUUGGCAUCCGUGGCGCCGUCACCGGCCGGCUGACGUCGACGACGACCCCGCGACAAACCUCGCACCGGGCGGGGAUGACGCCGAUCUUGCUGGUCCGGAUCUUCCGGAUGAUGUGGUGGACGUGGGUGACGGUGACGCUGCUGCGCUCGAACCGGCGGAAUCAACCCCGUUAAGUUUGCCUGAGGGUGCGUUGUUGGCCUCCGAGAGCGCUACGAACGACGAAAGCAGUUCUGACGGCACUGAUGCUGCCGACGGUGGUGGUGGUGUUAAGGCUGGUGCAAGCGAAUUGGAUGUAGAUGCCGCUGCCGAGUAUGUUGAUGGCAAUGCUGUCCCGCCUCCCGAAACCGGCGAUGUGAAUGAUGGAGAUGGUCCGGACGCUGUGGCCGGGGAUAUCGGGCCCGGCGGCGGCUAUGAUACCGGUUCGGAUGGCUUCGGCGAGAGCUCCAGCGUUGAAUUCGCCGCCGCCCAUCUCGGGGAAGCAGGUACUAUCGACAUGGCCGACCCGCAAGAGCAAGUUGGCGCCCUUUCCGAGGAAAGUCAUCACAUGGAGGAAGAUUAUGUUGGGCGAGAUGAGACUGAGAGCUUUAGGGAUGACCAAGACGGGGGGCUGGCGAUGAUCCCUGACGAGGAGGGUGAUGCUGAUGUCGACAGUGGGAGCCACGCUGUCCUUGGCGAUGACCCCGAGGGCAGGACAGGCGGCGUCGCAAACAUAGGGGCUGGGUUGGCCGGGGGCAGCAACGAUGUUUCUAGUGUGUCUCCGGCUCUUGAGACCGAGGCUGAUGAUUCUUCGACCUCGGGUAGCGACGGUGAUUCGGCUGUGCCGAUCGACGCCGAGGAUAGCCCGUUGGUGGAUGGGCAAGAUGAAGCUGCUGAUUCCGGUUUGGCCGGUGGUGCUAUAAUCGCUGGUGCGGCUGGAGACGGCGAGGCUUCGGCUUUGUCCAUUGGCGACGAUGAGGUAUCGGAUGUUUCGUCAACGGACGACGAUGCUGGUGUUGAUGAGGAUGAGACGCGUCCCCGCCGGUCUUGGCUUCCGUGGCGCCGUUACCGGCCGGCUGGUGUCGACGAGGGCCCAGUGACAAACCUCGUACAAGCGGGAGAUGACACUGCUCCGACUGGUGCGGAUCUUCCGGAGGAUGUGGUUGACGUGGGUGAUGAUCUGACCGCCGCAGCGCACGAGCAGGUGGUGUUGAGUUCAUCGGAGAGUGAGUUGUUGGCCUCCGAGAGCAGCACGAACGGCGGUGACGGUGUCUCGACUGGUGAGGCCGGCGACGUCAGCGAUGGAGAUGAUCCGGACGCUGUCACCGGUGACAACGGCCCAAGUUCACAUGUGAGCGACGGUGGUGGCGGGGUUGUGAAUCUGGAGGAAGGAGGCACUAGCGAUACGGCCGAUCUGCCAGGGCAAGACGACGCCCUCGCCGACGAAAGUGUUAACAUUGAGGAAGGAUCUGAUGGGGGAGACAGGACUCAGAGCGAUGAAGCCGUCGGGGCCGGGGAUGUGGCGACGACCAUCGAUGAAGAGUUUUUUGAUGGCAGUGAGGGCGAUGCUGUCGUUGGCGAUGACCCCGAGGGCGGGGCAAGCGGCGUCACGAGCAUUAGUGCUGGUUUGGCCGGGGGCGGCGACGAUGCUUUUACCGUGUCUCAGACUGUUGAGACCAACGCCAACGACUGUGCGACCUCUGGUUGUGACAGCGAUUCGGCUAUAACGACUGCCGAGGUUUGCGCCCUGCGUGGUGGGUACUAUGCCACAGGUGAUUCCGGUUCGAACGCCGGUGGUAUGUGCGUCUUGGCUACCGAUGGUGACGCUUCGGCUGUCGCUACGGGCGACGAUGAGGCUUUGGGUGUGUCGUCAAAAGACAGCAAUGCUGAUGUUGAUGCGGGUGAGACGCGUCCCCGCCGGUCUUGGUUUCCAUGGCGCCGUAACCGGCCGGCUGAUGUCGACGAGGAUCCCGUGGCUAACCUCGCACCUGCGGGGCAUGGCGCUGGUCUUGCUGGUUCGGAUCUUCCAGAUGAUGUGGUCGAUGUGGGUGAAGACGACGAUGCUGCGCUCGAGCAGGCGGUGCUGAGUUUGCCGGAGAGUGAGUUGUUGGCCUUCGAGAGCAUCACAGACGGCGGUGAAGAUGUCUCGGCUGGUGAGGCCGGCGAAGUCAGCGAUGGAAAUGAACGAGAAGCUGUGGCCGGCGACCUUGCCCCAACCUUGCAUGUGGAUCUGGAGGACGGAGGCACUAGCGAUAUGGCCGAUCCGCCAGGACAAGACGGCGCCCUUUCUGAGGAAAGUUCUCACACGGAGGAAGAUUCUGACGGGCGAGAUGAGGCUAGCGGCGGUGAGGACGCCCAAGACGGGGAUGUGGUAACGACCACCGAUGAGGACGGUUUUUCUGACGUCGGCAGUGGGGGUGACGCUGUCCUUGGCGAUGACCCCGAGGGCGGGGCACGCGGCGUCGCGAGUUUGGGGGCUGGUUUGGUCGGGGGUGGCGACGAUGCCUCUAUCGUGUCGCCCGCUGUUGAGACGAACACCGACGAUCCUGCGACCUCUGGCGGCGGUGGUGAUUUGGCUGUGUCGACUGCCGACAUGUGCCAUGGUUUGCCUGGUGGGUGCCAUGCCACCGGUGAUUCCGGUCCAAACGACGGUGCGGUCUCUGCCGGCGACGAUGAGACGUGGAGUGCUUCAUCAACGAACGGCGAUGCUGGUGAUGACGAGGGUGAGACGCGUCCCCGCCGCUCUUGGCUUCCGUGGCGCCGUCACCGGCCGGCUAACGUCGACGAGGACCCCUUGACAAGCCUCGCCCCGGCGGGGAAUGCGGCCGCUUUCGCUGAUCCGAAUCUUCCAGAGGAUGUGGCUGACGUGGGUGACGGCGACGAUGCAUCGGUCGAGCAGGCGGUAUCAACCUCGCCGAGUAUGUCGGAGAGUGUGUUGUUGGCCUCCGAGAGCAUCACGAACGGCGGUGAAGACGUCUCCGCUGGUGAGGCCGGUGACGUCAGCGAUGGAGAUGAUCGGAAGGAUGUCACCGGCGACAAUGGCCCAGGUUCACAUGUGAAUCCGGAGGAAGGGGAGGGUACAAGUGAUAUGGCCGAUCCACGAGGGCAAGACGGUGCCCUCUGCGAGGAAGUUUUUCAGAUGGAGGAAGGUUCUGCUGGGGAUGACAAUACUCGGAGCGGUAGGGACGCGAAAGCCGGGGAUGACACGACUACCACCGAUGAGGCCGAUCGUGCUCAUGCCGGCGAUGAAGGUGACGCUGUCCUGGGCGAUGACCCCGAGGGCGGGGCAGGCGGGGUCACGAACAUGGGGGAUGGUCUUUCCGGUGGCGACGAUGAUUCUUCGACCUCUGGUGGCGAGGGUGAAUCGGCUGUAUCGAUCGACGCCAAGGUUAGCGCUUUGGUGGAUGGUCAAGAUGCCGCUGCUGAUUCCGGUGCGGCCGAUGGUGCUCUUGGGGCUGAGGGCGGUGAGCCUUCGGCUGUCUCUACCUCCUACCACGAGGCGUUGGGUGAUUCGUCAAUGGACGGCGACGCUGGUGAUGACGAGGGGGAGACUCGUCCCCGCCUGUCUUGGCUUCCGUGGCGCCGUCACCGGCCGGUUGAUGUCGACGAGGACACCGUGACAGACCUCGAACCGGCGGUGGAUGACACUACUCUGGCUGGUCCGGAUCUUCCAGAAGAUAUGGUCGACGUGGGUGACGAUGACGAUGCAUCGCUCGAGCAGGCGGUAUCGACCCCGUCGAGUAUGUCGGAGAAUGAGUUGCUGGCCUCCGAGAGCAUCACGGACGGCGGUGAAGAUGUCUCAACUGGUGAGGCUGGCGACGUCAGAGAUGGAGAUGAUCGCGAGGCUGUCAUCGGUGAUAUUUGCCGGGAUCCACGUGGGAGUGACGGCGGCGGCGACGAUGUCGGAGGCGAUCUGGAUGACAUGGGCGAGAGCACCAGCGUGGAGACCUUCACAGCAAAUUCGGAGGAAGGUGCUAGGGAUACGAUCAAUCCGCCACGGCCAGACGGGGAACUCCCAGACGAAAGUUGUCACGAAGAGGAAGGUCCUGGUGCCGGACACGGCGCUGGGAACGGUGAGCACGCCAAAGCCGGGGAUGUGGCGACGACCGCCGAUGAGAGCGGUUUUGCCGAUGUUGGCAGUGAGGGUGAUGUUGUCCUUGGCGAUGACCCCGAGGGCGGGGCAGCCGGUGUCGCGAGUAUUGGAGCUGGUUUGACCGGGGGUGACGACGAUGCCUCCGGUGUCUCUGCGGAUGUUGCGACCAAGACCGACGAUCCUGCGAUCUCUGGCGGCUAUGACGACUCGGCUGUAUCGACUGCCGAGGUUGGUGAUUUGCCUGAUGGGCACGAUGCCAUCGGUGAAAUCGAAUCGAACGGCGAUCCUAUUGGCGUCUCGGCUACCGGCGAUGAGUCUUCGGCUGUCUCUACCGGCGACGAUGAGGCAUCGGAUGUUUCGCCAACGGAGGGCGAUGCUGGUGUUGAUGAGGGUGAGACGCGUCCCCGCCGGUCUUGGUUUCCGUGGCUUCGUCACCGGCCGGCUGACGUGGACGAGGACCCCGUGACAAACCUCGAACCGGCGGUGGAUGACACUGCUCUGGCUGUCCCGGAUCUUCCAGAUGAUGUAGCUGACGUGAGUGAUGAUCUGAUCGCCGCAGCGCACGAGCAGGUCGUGCUGAGUUUGCCGGAGAGUGAGUUGUUGGGCUCCGAGAGCAUCACGGACGGCGGUGAAGAUAUCUCGACCGGUGAGGCCAGCGACGUCAGCGAUGGAGAUGAUCGGGAUGCUGUCACCGGCGACAUUGGCCCGGAUCCACAUAUGAAUCUGGAGGACGGAGGCACUAGCGAUGUGGCCGAAUCACGAGGGAAAGACGUCAACCUCUCGGAGGAAAGUUCUCGCAUAGAAGUUUCUGGUGGAGGACACGACACUCAGAUCGACGAAGCCAUCGAGGCCGGGGAUGUGGCAACGACCACCGAUGAGGAUGUUUUUGCUGACGACGGCAGUGAGGGUGACGUUGUCCUUGGCGAUGACCCCGAGGGCGGGGCAGGCGGGGCCAUGAGUAUGGAGGCUGGUUUGAACGGGGGUGACGACGAUGCCUCUAGUGUCUCGGCGGAUGUUGCGACCAAGGCCGACGAUCCUGCGAUCUCUGGCGGCGAUGGUGAUGCUGCUGCUGUAUCGAAUGCCGAGGUUGGCACUUUGGUGGGUGGGCGAGAUGACACCGCUGAUUCCGGUUUGGCCGACGAUGCUGAUACCGCUGUUGUGGCUGAAGACGGCGAGGCUUCGGCUUUGUCCAUCGGCCACGACGAGGCUUCGGAUGUUUCGCCAACGGACGGUGAUACUGGUGCUGAUGACGGUGAGACGCGUCCCCGCCGGUCUUGGUUUCCAUGGCGCCGUCACCGGCCGGCUGGUGUCGACGAGGACCCCGUGACAAACGUCGCACCGGCGGGGGAUGACGCUGCUCUGGUUGGUUCGGAUUUUCCAGAGGAUGUGGACGUGGGUGAUGGUCUGACCGCCGCAGCGCUCGAGCAGGCGGUGCUAAGUUUGUCGGAGAGUGCGUUGUUGGCCUCCGAGAGCAUCACGAACGGCGAUGAAGAUGUCUCGAUUGGUGAGGCCGGUGAUGCAAGGGAUGGAGAUGCUCAGGACGGUGUGCCGGAUUCACGUGGGAGGGACGGGGCUGGCACCAUCGGAGACGAUCUGGAUGACUUGGGCGAGAGUGCCGGCGUUGAGGCCGUGACCGCUCCCCUGGAGGAAGGAGAUGCUAGCGAUAUGACCGAUCCGCCAGGGCAAGACCGGGAACUCCCAGAGGAAAGUUCUCACGUGGAGGAAGGUCCUGGUGCCGGACACGUCCCUGGGAGCGGUGAGGACGCCAAAGCCGGGAAUAUGCCAGCGGUCACCGGCGAUAGCGUCGUUGCUGAUGUCGGCAGCGAGGGUGACGCUGUCCUGGGCGAUGACCCCGAGGGAUUUUCCGAUGACGCUGGUGUCGACGACGACGACGACGGCGCUCCCGUUGUUCCGGUGAGCGGCACCCACGACGCCUCCGUAGUGGCCGACGGUGACGCGCACGCGGCGGCGGAGGACCCUCCCACGGCCCUCCCCCCGGGGGAGACCGAGGCUGCCGCUCGUCGUCGUAGACGCUCGCCGAGCAAGCUUGCGCCAGAUGACGUAGCCCACGCCGCCGCUGUUUCUCAAGCCGCCGCCGCCGCCGCUGCACCCGCCGCCGCCGCUGCAACCGCCGCCGCCACCGCCGGUGAUGAUGCCCUUGAGCUGGCCGCGACGGCGGUGCCCGUUGCCGCCGCGGGGGUCGGCGGCGCGGCGGCAGGGCCGAAGGCGCUGAGACGGCUCUUCAAGUUCGGUCGUGCUCCACGCGGCGGCGAAGAGGGAAGCCACGAGGAGAAGAGUCUCCGAAUGACGACGUCGGCAGCGGACGGUGACGGCGCCGGCAUGCCUUCUCAGGCUGAAACCCCAACCGAGGGCGUGAGCCCGGCGUCCGCGAAGGACGUCGAGGAAACGGUCGGUCUCGUUAGCGAUGCGGACAUAAGCACGGCGUCUGCGGAGGAAGCGGUCGAUCUCGCCAGCAACGGUUUGACGACGAUGACGUCUAGCGUGCUUGGUGAGGAUGAGGAUCCAUCGGUCGCAGCCCCUGGCACCGGUGGAGCGGACGGGGACGGCACCGACAGGGACGAGGCCGGCACCCCCGCGCUUGAAUCCCCGCCGUCGCUCGAAGUUGGGCCAUCGGCACCAGCAGCCUUGGCCUUGCCGUCGAUCGAGGCUUCUUCAUCGAGGAGACGAGAGGAGGACAAGGCCGCGGCCGCGUCCUUGCCGACGGACCCCGCCACCGAUGCCGCCGCCGAGGGUCUCUCGCCGACAGCAGCGGCAGGAAGCUCUGCGCGGGAGGUGGAUGAGCCCGCCGCACACGCCGCCUCGUCGCUGUCGUCAGCCGAAGCCGACGACAACGCGGGUGAUACGGCGGGGCCCCGUACGCCCAAGGAUGUUGGCUCGGUGCUAGGCGUAGACGAUGGUGGUGAUGAUCGCGCUCCGGUUGAUGCCGAGGAUGCUGCUUCGGGGUCGCCGCUGUCGCAAGGCGCGGCGGCGACGGCCACCGCCGACGCGGUCUUGGAAGAGGAUGGGAAGUUGCGUGGCGGCGUCAGGGUGGGUGCUGGUGCCGAGGCGACCGCUUCAGAGGAUGGAAAUGAAAGCGACGACAGCUUGGCACCACCCGCCGCCAGUAGCGGCGAAGAUCUCGACGACGCGGCCGUCGGCAACGCCGCCGCUUCUUCCGAGGAUGGCCUUGGCGGCGGCGGGGGGGGGGAUUGGGCUGCUCUCGAGGCCGGCACGUACGCGCCGGAGGUAGCCGAUGAGGGCACUAGUCCGGGGGGGGGCAAUAGCAGUAGCGGCGAAGGUGGCGGUAGCGGUGGUGGUGGUAGUGAGGGCGGGGGCGGAAGCCGUGAUGGUCUCGAGAAGGGCGGCGAAGACGGCGCUGCGGUUGUUGGCGCUGGCGCGCUGGCCGCGGGGCCCGGAGAGCAGGAGGUGCCGGCGGUAGCAACGGACAAGGACAAGGACAGGGUGAUGGAGGAGGAGGAGGAGGAGGAAAGAUUGCGGGUGUUGGUCGGGGAUCGCGCCAGUGAGGAGAUGUCGCGUGAGGGGGAGAGCGAGAGCAUCUCGGCGGAAAGCGGCGCGCAGGGUGCGGAGAACGGAGAGGAGGAGAGCGCCGCGGACUCGAAAGGGUGGUGGGCUCGCGCUUCCGACCGCCGAAAAGAGAAUACCCAAGAGAAGGCCAGAAAGAAGGCGAGUGACCGCGCUGUCGCAGAGAGGAACCGAUAUGUCAAGCGGCUUGAACUCUCCAAGCGGCGUGCAUUCCGGGAGGACGAGAAAAGGGACAAAGAUCUUCAUUUGCUUGACGAGGCUGGCCACCAGCAGGCAGCAGGCCACACUAAGGACGACGCCCCCGGGACUCGUCUCGAAACCCCUUCGGGCGUACCAGCGAGACAGGGAAAAUCCUCCGACCGUGUCGACCGAAGGAAAGGAGACUCAAGAGGAGACGCGGGGGAAGAACCGGAGCCCCAAGGGACCGACAACGGUCCCAGGAAACGCCGCGAUAGCGAGGAGUGGAUGGAAACCUCGCGUCCCCCCCCCGGGGUGGAUAAGGAGCCAGCGGCCGAGCAAGGGCAGAGGGAGGCCCCUGAAGACGAGGAAGUGCAUAAGAAGAACGAGAAACGAACAGGAGCCAUAGUAGGGGUCAUCGCUGCCGCGGCGUACUACGGGGUAUGGGCGGCGGUUGCCAUUGCCUUGGGUUAAAAAGGUGGAAGAAACACGGUGAAAAAAAAAAAGGGAUGGUGAUAGAAAUAUCCAAGUUGUGAUGGCAUCUACGGUGUGGUGUCCUACGUUCGUGCAGCUUUGUCCCCGCAGUAAAGGACUUUUUUUUUCGAGGAUCGGUCGGAGGUAUUGGGAUUUCUUCGUAAGGAUGUGGAGAUCGUGGCGAUGGGAGGACGCCGCAUACAGGAAGUGAGCAUCACGACGUUGAUCGAUGAUGUAGUUUCACUCUGUUGCCCCUGGCGUAUAUCGGAGGGUGUAUGAGGUUUGUGAAUACAGUAUGAAAAUUCUCCUGCCGUUUUUCUCGGUGACGUCAUCGCGUCAUUCUCCGCAGGUUGUGUUGUAAGCGGGCCCAUUUAUAGAUAUUGUUAUGUUUUGCGCGUGUUGAUUGCCGAAUGGAACUGGUAACAACAGCUGCAUGGUUUUCGUGGAUCAUCGUUUGGUGUUCAGUUUUUCCGGAUGGGUGUCGACACACUGUUUACCUGAGUCGUGGCACCGAUGGCGUUGUGAAAAGUCGCCUUGGUUCGAGGGUCGGCGUUCCUUGGUAGUGUAUGUUUUGUGGCAUCGAAACGACGUUCGUUUUCGGUACACUCCAUCCCGCUGGCGUUCUCGUGUUGGAGGUGUUGGUGGGACUACCAGAGAGAGGGGUUUGCGGUCGGGGAGGGUUUCUUCGUGUUUGCUUUUUGCUCGCUGUUUGUAUAGUGGGCGCUACCUUCUUAAGAGGCAGUCACGGUGUAUGCCAUGCUCUCUCUGUUGGUAUUUUUCCGAGAAAGGCCGCGUGAUGACUUGAGGUACAUAGUACUGUAGCCGGAGGGGUAAGAAAAGCGUGUAUUUUUGCGUGUAUUUCAGAACAGCACCCAAUUUUUUUGAGCCCGCGCCAUUACUUUGCGGCCGAUAGCAUCUGGCGCUCACGAACAGAAGUUCCGCUUGGGCCGCCCCAUGGUCUAUGAAAGGCGGGUUAGACUCACCACACCGUUUCUACAGGUGGAUGCGUGGGUUUGCUUUCGUUUCAUGUUUUUGCGUCCACUUGUUGCACGAUCGGUUUUUGAUUAUGUUCAGUUCAGAUAUUUAGCGUUAAGGCAGCCUGCUACCGAACAAGCGGAGAGGGUUCGCUGCGAGUGGUUUGUCGUGAACAACGGCCUUUUAAGGCCCGUGGGGUACUUUUGUUUUAGUGGUACGAGUUUUGCCGGCGAUCGGAAAACCGGGGCUCUACUUUGUUGUAAAUUUAUUUCGGUGCACGUACGUGAGAAGGGGUAAGCAAAGGAAUGCGCGACGGUCUCGUGUUUAAAUGUAGCGUUGAAUUUGUAAAGCUCUUGUUUUUUUAUGUUGCUUCGGUUGCUGCAUUUUUUUUUCCGUUAGGGUCGAAGCAAGUAUAUGAAUGGAGGGGGGGUGUCAGCCGUACUUGGUGCGUACGUAAAUGGCGGCUACAGCUAAGAAAUUCGGCUAGUAAUUGAUGAAGGCCUACUCAUUGUUGCUAUGAACGGGUCUUGAGGCAAGGCGGAUAAAGGAGGCGCUGAGGCCCUACAUUUUGAAAAGAGUCGGGGGCAGCUGCAGCCAUGAAUUUAACAGUGGGAAUGGAGAGCCCCCACAAGAACCA